AAAAAUUUAAAAAAAAAACAGCUAAGGAAGCAGAAGGAGCUCGUGCAGGCCGAGGUUAGCAAUUUCUAGCGCGAUUAUUGCGUGGACAUCUGUAAAGUCAAAAUGUUGAAAGAAUUAAUGAAGGAGCGACUGAACCAGGCCGCCGAAGAAAUAUUUGAAAUAUUUGAGAGAACUAUCGCAGAUUACGAAGAGAAACUGUAUCGAAAGAAGGAGGAGAACGAACGACGAGAACACGAACUAGUCGCCACCGUUGCCGACCUUCGCGUUCGACUACACAAAGCCGUGCAGCAACAGAGUCGCCAAGAGGCUUCCUCUGAGCAGCGGCGGGAGCCGUGCAUCAAAAAGGAAGCGGAGGACGUGUGGGGCGGUCAGGACGCGGAGAAGCUUCCCGAGCUAUGGCAGCACACCCCCCCACGUGGGGAGAGCCAACCCAAAGCGGAUGGUCCUCACUGUGAAGAUCUCCAAUCGGAACCGGACAGCCUCUUUGCUCCGUUGUCAGAUGUAGAUGACAUAACGUCACACUCCUCUGGCACCGCUCACAGUGAUGACGAGCGAGGGACUCGUAAGGACCGCGAAGGUAAUACGACUCAUCGCAAUGACGACGAGGAUUUUCGGUGCUCUCGAUGUGAGAAAACGUUUUACAGCCAAAAAGGUUUGAGAAAUCACAUGGUAGCGCACACGGGAGACGAACCUCUCGCUUGCUCCGAUAAAAGAUACUCCUUGAAGCAUUUUGCGAAGAGAGACAGUGAAAAGCGUGGCGAAGGAUCACCAACGGAACCUUCGGAGACAAAUAAGAACGCCGAAGGUCGCAAGACGGACGGCGGCGUCAACCAAAGCGGGUUGGAGACGCACACGAGAGACAAACCCUUUGCUUGCCUGGUUUGUCAUAAAAGAUUCUUCUUGAAGCAUCACGUGAAGCAACACAUGAGGAGAAAACAUAAAAGGGAGGAAGCGCUGGCAACGGGAGCUGACACUGAAAGAUCAUCGCAAGCGCAGCAAUCGGAUCCCAACCGCACCCCGGAACCUUCGGAGAACGCCAAGAGCUCCGACGCCAGCAGCCAUCAAUGCCUUCAGUGUGACAAAAAGUGUCCCUCCAACGCUUAUUUGGUGGCACACAUGGUCAUACAUACUGGGGAGAAACCUUUUACUUGCUCGGUUUGCGGGCAAAGUUUCUCCUUCAAGCAGAAUAUGCUGAGACACGAGAAGCAACACUUUGGCCAGAAACCUUUUCAGUGCUCAGUUUGUAGUCGGAGGUUCUCGAAUCGAGGGCUGCUGCUAUCUCACUUGAGCUCGCACGUGGGCGAGGGGGCUUUGCGAUCCAGCGACCCGAGUCAACGAGAGGUCGGUGACGACGUGCCCUCCGAAGCGGACACGGAUGACGUGACGAUGAACUCUUCAGACGCCUGUUACAGCGACGACGGCGAAGAAGCUUUGAGGACUAGAAAGAAGUUUAAAGAUGGCGCAGACACGCAGCAGGCGUUGGUGGCAAAACUGGAAGAGCCCCCCGACAUGACCGCAGCACUGCACAGCAGUUGGGAUGGAGAGCGGCUUCAAGGGGGGAGGAUGGCGGCCGAGGCUCCAGGAUCAGACAUGGAUGAUACCUCAGAUUCCGAAAGGGAGAAAGCUUUCGCUUCCUCAUUGAGUGGUGAAAGAUUCUCCUUUAAGGCACACGAAGCUAGCGGCUCUGCUUGUGUGAAAAGUUCCCAGACUAGAGCCACGCCGGACUCGGACCUCAGACGACAUGCCGAAAACCCAACGGAAGACUCUUUGAACACCGACAAGAACAGACAGUGCUGUGAAUGCAAGAAAACGUUUGCGACGAGGGGCGGUUUGAAAAGACACAUGGCGCAGCACACGGGAGAGAAACCUUACCUCUGCCCGUUCUGUGACAAAAGAUUCAGUUUGAAGGAAUAUUUGAGCAGGCACACGAUGAUACACACCGGCUGGAAUUGUCCGGUUUGUGGUCACAGUUUUCUCAAAAGAUCGGAUUUCACAAGGCACAUGACAACGCACGCGGUCGAGAAAUUUGCGCGGUCAGAGAACGCAAUGCACACCGUCGAGAAUCCUGCACGGUCAGAGAGCGCAACGCACGCCAUCGAGAAUCCCGCGCGGUCAGAGAGCGCAACGCACGCAGUUGAGAAUCCUGCGCGCUCAGAGAGCGCAACGCACGCCAUCGAGAAUCCUGCGCGGUCAGAGAACGUCACGCACGCAAUCGAGAAACCUGUCCGCUCAAACAAACGUGUGAAAAAACGCAGCAAGAAACAGAUUAGGUGUCCAAUUUGUGCAAAAAGUUUUAUGGACAAAUCGUACAUCCCAAAGCAUAUGAGAAUACACACCGGGGAAAAACCUUUCCAGUGCAGCUUGUGUCUUAAAAGAUUCUGUUUUAAGUACAGGAUUAAAAAUCACAAAUGCUCCGGGGACAACAAAAACACGAAUGAAGAAGCAGGACGGCCCAACGCUAAUGAAGUGACUAUGUAACAAGCUCACAGUUUGUCUACUUUAGGUAGAAAAAAAAAAGCUAUCAAGCAUUUUCAACUUACUUUCUAUGAAAAUGUUCUUCUGGCACUUACAUUGCUCAUCGUUGCUCACCAAACAUACCACCACCCGCACUCUCCAUUACCUAAGCCUCAACUAUUGGUUGAUCUUCUGAAACAAAUAAGAAAUCUCACCUAACUUCACCCUAAUGUCAUUUUUUAAAAAAUAACUGUGGGAUACUGUACAUUAGGGGAUGGACAGCAUUAUUUUUACUUAUACGUAAGUAAAAAUAUAUCGAAUAGGUUGUCCUUGGUGGUAGUUGGCGCUUUCCUGCAGCAGUUUGACACACCCGCGAACCAUCGUUUGCUUCCGAAAGUAAGGUCUUUGUUCACAAUUUGUCGUCAUUGUGUUAAAGGAUAUUUUACAUAUCUAAUGUACUAAAUGUGUCGGCGCUCUGUAUUGGCGCGUACUCAAGACUGAAUAUUUGUUCUCAUAUUGAUCUAAAAAACAAAAACAAAUAUCCCCUACUGUCCACGAUUGCUGCUCCUGUUUUUUUUAUUGAACCUUUUAUUCAUCAUGUGCUAUGACGUCAUGCGUUAUGUGUCUGUAUCAACUGUACGGUUUGAGUAUGUUUAUUUUGCUUUAUCUUAGUUUUGUCGUUAGCAGCCAGGUCGCCAAUCGGAAAUGCUGUCAGUCGCCUUACCUGGAUAUGUAAAGAUUAAAUAAAUGACCUUGAGAGGUCCUCUGUUUAUGCUCA